AUGGAUCUAGAAUUCGUUCAUUCCUUUGGUGGAAAUGUUAAAGGGAAUCGGAAUGUAACUUUCUACAAUGACACAACUGUAGGAUUUAUCGCAGGAAAAUUGUGUGUUUUGUAUGAUUUAGAAACAUUUUCGCAACGGCUUAUCAAUAUUAUAGAUGGUAAAGAAAUAUCUACCAUAACAAGAUGUUUCAACCACCUAGCUCUAGCAAUCAAAGGAAAACCAGCGUCCAUUUGCUUAUAUAAUUUAGAGUCAGAAACUAAAAAGUUGUACAAUGGUCCUAAAUCAAUGGUAAGUGACUCAUUCAGUUGUAUUUCCAUUUCACAAAGUCUCAGAUUUGUUGCUGGUUCUGGGAGUGAACCCGAUUGGCUCGUUGUCCUUUGGCUGUCUCUGACGCGCCAGAUAAUUACAACGUUUAGUCCUACGACUUCCAAGCCUGAUUCCUUCAUCAGUGAUAUUUCUUUCCAUGCUGGUGGUAGAGAAGAGGUGGUUGUAGUUGGCAAGCAGAUUCUGCGAGUGUAUGAAUACCAGGAUGAAGAUAAUACUGGGGAGAUUAACUUCUCUGAAAUCAUCAUCGAAAAGUUCGAAAAUGAAGAAUACACAUCCAUUACUUGGACUCAGAAGGAAAAUCUCGCCGUUGGUACAGUAAGCGGAAAGAUUUUGUUUUUUCGUGGCAUCGAAAUGGUUAAAGAAAUAUCCGUGGUGCAUUCAUUGGCUCCAGAGUCGGAACAACUAUCUACAAGUUCCAACUCUGUGACAUGUUUGGCUGUUUCCCCCACAGAAUUAUUCUGUGUAUUCGGGGAAAAUGUUGUUACUUUCAAAGGCGAAGAAAUAGCUGAAUAUGAUUUCUAUAGAAUGUUGCUGUUGCCAAAGAAUGAAGACAUUUCAGUUCUUCCUGGAAUUCUCCCAUCAAAACGGGGUACUGUCAACCACUUGGAGGUUAGUUCUAAUAACCGAACUGUUGUACUUUCUACUGAUCUUGGUGAGUUAGCUUAUUUUAAUUGCAGCGAAGUAAAUGGUAAUUAUUUUAAGCUUCUUCUACCCGCUCAACAUGUUGAACCGAUUCUCUCUUUGUCAUGUGCCAGAGGAAGAUCUCUUAUAGCAACAUGCUCAAAAAACAUUUUUAUUUUAUGGAAUUACGAAUCAAAGAAUCAAGAAGCAUAUUUAAAGUUCAAAGACGAAAUAUUAUCUAUGGCUCUUCAUCCUACCGGAUUAUACGUGGCAAUCGGAUUCAAGUAUUAUGCCAGAGUUUGCACAAUCGUGUGCAAUGGCUUAAAAGAUAAGAAAACAUUAAAAGUUGAAAGCUGUUCGAAAAUAAGCUUUUCAAACGGGGGUCAAUACCUAGUUCUGGCCAAUGAUUUUUGUAUGAGCGUGUACCGCUUCGUAACUUUUUCCCUUUUGGCAAAACUUGCAGGUCACGCUGGUCUAGUUACUGAUAUUGUUUGGAAAGAAAAUGAUAUGAAAGUUGUUUCGUGUGAUACCCGUGGUGUUAUUUGCGAGUGGGAUGCUGUUUCUUGGGAUAAGAUUUGGGCCAAUACAGCUAUUCUUUCAUAUUCUAGUCUUACUGUCACCCCCAAUAAUCAAUUUAUCAUAACUAUUUGCAAAGAAAAGGGUAUUAAAUGCUUGCGCGAUGCCAUGGUACUCUGGGAAUCAAGCUCCAGUAAAGAGUUAACAGUCAUUGCUUCAGAUCACAUGGGAGAAGUGUUAUAUUGCGGGACUAUUGAUGGAAAUAUUGGGAAACUUAUUAGUCCCGAUUUUAAAGCUCUUGAUGAAGUAUAUGCGCAUAAUGGAAGAACUAUCGAUAUUGAGUUCAGUUCCGAUUUAACUUACUUGUUUAGUGUUGGAACUGAUGGGCUUUUAAUGUGUUGGAAAGGUCCUAAUAAAAAUUCCAGUCCAGCAAAGUGCACUUUUUCCGGAGUAAAUUUUCUCUCUAGCUCUGAUUUUGAAGACCAGAAAAAGAAACUGAAACUGAUAAACAUGUCAAUACAAGAAAAUGAAAUAGGUUAUGAAUGCGAACUUAAACUAAACCAACUGAAAUACGAGGAAAGCAUGAAAAACAUGUUUCUGCGGCAUGAAUUAAUUUUGAAAGAGCUAAAUCAAAUGAUUUUCGUGAUGAAAAGUGACAAGAAGCAGUCUCUUCUUUUUGAUUCAGAUCUCACACAGCCUUUAAAGAACAUUGAAGACGAGCUUAGGAACAAAGUAUUUAACUACACUGUAGAGUUAGAUGCAACUUUUAAAAAGACGGACGAAUGCGUAUUAGACCACUCCGAGAAAGUUGCUGAUUAUCAGGAUAGGGUGAGAGCUUUGGAAGAAUCCUACGCAAAUACUUGGUCUGAUGACACUGAUAAAGAAGAAGCUAUUCUAUUAGAAAUCAAAGAAGCUGAACGUAUUCUGCUGGAAGAGAAAAGAAGUACUCGAAAUAAAAAGCAAAACUUUGAAGAUGAUAAGAAAAGACUCGAUGCAAAAGCCAAGGCUAAAGUAGAUCGCGAACAUGCAGAACAGAUAGCAACACUGAAAAGAGAACAGGAUAAAGUAGAAAAAAUGAAAAGGGAAACCAGGAAAUUAACCAACAUGCUGACUUUCGUUCAAGAAGACAAUCAGAGAAAGCGUGACGAAAUAUCCUUGCAAAUCGAAAAGAAUAUUCAAGAAAAAACCAAAUGUGUUUUGGUAGUUGAAGAGGAAUUGAAAACUAAAGAACACGAAUUUAAGAGGAAAGAAAAAUUGCUGCAAAAUGUCGAAGCAGAAUUUUUCACCUCAAAAAAAGAUGUUGAGAAGCAACGUAGAUUCCAUUCUGUUUCUAAAAGUGCCGUUGAUCAGGUUAAGUCUUCGAUUGCGACUGCGGAAGAUGAGGUACAAGCGCGGAAAAAGAAAAUCACGAACAUGACAGUAUCUUUUACAAAGCUCGAAGCAGACAUAAAAAUUGCUCAGGAUCAGUGUUCUGUUAUAAAUGAUAAACUGAAGGAUUCAGUGGAAGACUUGCAUCAAAAGCAAGAUUUAAUUCGAUCCAAUCAGAGUAUAUUAACCAAGUACAAGAACCUGUUACAUGAGAGUCUUUCACCUACAUGUGACGCCGAAAAAGUCAAACUAGAUAUAUUGCACGUUUUGGCGCAGUACAAAAGUCGAACUGAUGAAUCUUUAGAUUCAAAUCUAAAAGCCGAGUUUGAGCAUCAAAUAAAAAAACUGCAAGAUACCUAUGAGGGUAUAAAAAAACAACCCAUGAAAACAAUGAAGAAUUUGGCAACGGCAGAUUUUCGAUUGUCGCAAGAGAACUCGAAGCUUUUGAAAGAAGUUCAUGAAUUGCAAAGAGAUGUGGGACAGUUGAGAGACGUAAUUUUCAAAAUGGAGACCAGCAUGGGACUGCCUUUUAUUCGAAAGGCUAGACCAACAAAAGAGAUGAAGGAAUUACGCGACAAAAUUGAACUUGUGAUCUCUUCCACAAAGAAAGAUAGAACGAAGAGUGCCGAGGAAAUGGCAAAUUUGGAUAAACUUAUUGAAGAACAACAAAACGAGUUAAUAAGAUUAAAAAAUCUAAUUUCGGAAGAGAAAAAAAGAGUAAAGUAGAUACAUAGGGAUCCUUCUGUUUGAAAUUAAAUUCCUUUCAUCUUAAAACUUUGUAUGAAUAAAUUUAUUUA